AUGUCCGCACCCGCCAGCCUCGUCCCCGGAAACUACGUCAUCUUCGCAGAGAAUCCGUCUGGCACCGUCACAACAGGCACACUCGUCAAUGGGAGAUCCAACUUCGCUAUGACAUGCCCCCUAUCUAGCGGUGGAAACUGCAGCAUCACUACACUCUCCAGCGCAUCCAGCGCCUCCCCCACCCAGAUCUGGCUCAUCACGGGAGACGGGAUGAUCCUCUCCAAAUCCUCGUCCAACGGCCAACUCGCGCAAAGCCCUACAUUCUACGCGAGCUUCAGCAACAACUCUCCCAACAUCGUCACCACAAGCGCACCAGUCACACCAGCGCCCACCACUAAAUUCGUGUUCCAAGUCUCGCAGCAAGCGGCGACUGAUCACAGCGACCCCGUCUCCUACCUCGCAACCGUCAUGACAACCGACCUCACAGACCAAUACUGGACCGUUGAUGACUUGGUAAAUAUCCUUUCUCUACCAUAA